UUCUCCAUUGGCUCCACUGGCAUUGUGGUGUAUGACUACCAGCAGCUCCUGAUUGCCUACAAGCCAGCCCCGGGAACCUGCUGCUACAUCAUGAAGAUGGCUCCGGAGAGCAUCCCAAGUCUUGAGGCUCUCACUAGAAAAUUCCAGAACUUCCAGGUCAAGCCUGCAAUGUCUCUCUCUAAGCUGGACCAGGAGGAGGGCCAUGAUACUGGUUCAGCAUCCUCUGGGCACCUGGACUUCUUGGGCACCACCGUGAGCACCCUGUGUGGCGAGGUCCCCCUCUUCUACAUCUAGAACCCCUCAGGGCCUGUGGAAGCCCCAAGGAGAUGGGGAAGGCUCCCAGCACGGGGUCUUUUGCAGACCGGCAGGAAGCUGCUUCUGUGCACACCACAGAGACAGGCCCUGGAGAAGUGGGGGCUUCAGGGAGAGGGGGACGCUGCACGGGAGAGGCAGCUCCGAGGGGCCAGGGGUCUCCCCCCACAAGAGAAUAAAGCAGCCUGAUUGAAAAA